AUGAAGAAGAACAACACUCAGUCUUGUAAUGGAGUUGGGAAUUCGAUCGAUGAGAAACGAGUGUUGAAAAAAUCAAAGAGUUUACUUAACUGGUUGACUCAACGCAACUUUGACAAGAUCAAGAACGAGAUUAUUCAGACAGUAAAAUCAUCUCCUUCAUCAUCUGUUCUCAAGUCUCUAGCGUGUUGCAUUUUCGAUAUGGCAAUGGUGGACAAUGCCUAUGUCUUAUUCUCUCGUUUAUCCAUUGAGCUUUUUCACGCGCUUCCUCCGUUUCGAUCAGCUGAUCAAUCUCUCGGUGAUUUUACAACUUUCGAGAGACUAUUUUUGUCCAAAUGCCGAAUAGAGCUCGAAAACUCAUCACCUAACACAAAUAGACCACCUCAUGUUUAUGUUGAUGAAUCAAAUUGUUUGAAAUUCGUUAAGACCGUUCGGAUUCUGGCUGAAGUUUUCAAGAACAAGUUGGUCACUGACACAACUCGGCAAAACAUAAUUCAGGUGCUUAUGAAUCCUAUCUUCCCACCUGAGAGGAAUACGGAUGCAAUGAAUCUGUUUCUGUCCUCCAUUGGUAAACUCGCUGAUUUCCAGUUUUGCGAUGAAAACUUUAAGCACAAGCUUGAUUUACAGGCUACUGUAGAGGUAGAGAGCAAAUACAAUGAAGAAGUCAGGCUAAGGAAAGAAGCAGAAGAUGCACUUGCAAGAAAAAAGGAUGAGCUAGAGAUGUUGAAACGGUUACUUGAGUCUUACAAGGAGGAGCAAGGUAAAUUGCAAUUACAAACUCAAGCUUUGGAGCAAAAGCACCAAGAGGAGUUGCAGCUUAGGAAAGAAACAGAACAUGCGUUUUCUAUCGAAUGGGAAAGGUUAGAGAAGGUAAAGCUUCAACUCCAAAAUCUUGAAAAUGAACAUGAGGAUAUGCGUUUAAAGAAUGAGGAGCUCGAGAGCAAGUACAAGAGCGAGGUGAUUCUAAGGCAAGAAUCAGAAACCGCGCUGGAGAAAGAACGGAAAGAGUUGGAGGAGAUGAUGCAACUACUUGAAACCUGCAACGUAGAACAAGAGAACUUGACCUCACAGGUCAGAACUUGGCAGGAAAAGUACAACGAAGAGUCGAAUCUGAGGAAAGAAACAGAGGAUACUCUUUCUAGAAAUAAACAAGAGCUUGAGAUAGUCAAAGGACUACUCGAAUCUUACAACCAACAAGCGGAUGCGAUGAAAGAAGAGAGGGACAAUGCUCUCAAAUCAGUGCAAGAGCUCAGAAUGAAGCAAUCGGAAAAGCGUGAACUUCCAUCAUCGUUUCUCUGCCCUAUCACACAGGAAGUGAUGGAAGAUCCACAAUUGACAAGCGAUGGAUUUACAUACGAAGCAGAAUCUAUUAGGAGAUGGUUUAGCACAGGUAGACAUACAUCACCAAUGACAAAUCUCAAGCUUUACCACACCAAUCUUGUCCCUAACCGUGCUCUCCGGUCAGCGAUUCAGGAAUUGGUUUGA